AGGAGUUCCCUGGAAAACCGCGACCUGGGCAGCUCUCCGGGGUAUGUGCGUCGGCGCCUUCUCUCCGUGUGCUCAUGGGGCCUUUCCUCUGAGCGCGUCUGCGUCCUGAUCCGCUCCUCUUACAAGGACACGGGUCCCGUUGGGUUAGGGCUCAGCCUGGUGACACCGUCUUGGCGUUUCUUACCUCUCUGACGCCUUGUUAAUUCCAGUCACGUUCUGAGGUCCUCGGGGUUCGGCUCAUCUCGGAUGUCCUUCACGGUGUCACGUCGCUGGAACAGUAGCCAAAGCGCCAGCGCCAGCCCCCGGGCCAGGACACGCAGCACAGGGGGUGUUUGUGGGACGCUCUCGGCCGUGGAGAGGAACACACGCCUGAUUCCUCGCACGACACGGGAGGUGUUGUCUGGAGUGAAAAAAGCAAGAAGUGGGAAGUCUGGGGUCGGCCAAUCCACCGAGGGGGAUGAGCGGUUGCCUCGGUCAGGGUUCCUGACCAGGCUGACCGAAAGGUUCGUGCUGGGGGUGGAUAUGUUCAUUGAAACGCUGUGGAAAGUUUGGACAGAUCUCUUGGACGUUCUUGGACUUGACGUGUCGAACCUGCACCAGUACUUCAGCCCGGCCUCGGUGGCCAGCAGCCCGGCCCGCGCGCUCCUGCUGGUGGGCGUCGUGCUCCUGGCCUACUGGUUCCUGUCGCUGUCCCUGGGCGUCACCUUCAGCCUCCUGCACGCCGUGUUCGGCCGCUUCUUCUGGAUCGCGCGGGUGGUCCUGUUCUCCCUGUCCUGCGUGUACGUGCUGCACAAGUAUGAGGGGGAGCCGGAGAACGCCGUGCUGCCGCUGUGCUUCGUGGUGGCCGUCUACUUCAUGACCGGGCCCAUGGGCUUCUACUGGCGCAGCGGCCCCAGCGGCCCCAGCCUGGAGGAGAAGCUGGAGCACCUGGAGAGCCAGGUCAGACUGCUCAACAUCCGCCUCAACAAAGUGCUGGAGAGCCUGGACCGCGCCAACGGCAAGUGACAACCAGCCGGCCGGCCGGGCCCCCCCGCGCCCGCGCCCCGCCUUGGCAAGCAGAAGAGGAGAAGGAAACCACGAACCAGGACAGCCAACCCCAAACAGUCUUAAUAAAACAUUCCCGAGCGAGAGAGGCGGUGCUUCGCGAGGGUGUUUCCGGCCACGUGUCGCCCCGUAGGACGCGUCCCAGAGGAAGGACAGGAUGGAUCCCGGAUGUAGGACCGUCCACCGAGUGUCCUUCGUGGGCGGAAAAAUAUUUUUUAAAACAAAGGAGAAUAACCAUAUGAGCUGUACAGGAAGAGUUUAUCUGUGCCUAGUGCAUACCGUUAAUUUUUUCAAGCCCUUAACGACAUCUUUUGUAAGGUUUUUAAUAAAGGCAGGUCGAGUCAAGUUUACUAGGACUUUACAUCGAGGGGAAGACGAGGCGAAUCGGACGUUUGGGAUGAAAAGUUCCAGCGCGACUGUGUGUCGGCGCGGCGCAGGGAUCGGUGGGUGAGGUCUGUGUGCGUUGUUCCCGUGUUCCGAAACUCUGAACUUCAUUGCAUGUCAUUUUUGGUGGGCGGUGACUUAGCUGAUGGAGGGCGUCAUUUCCGGAUGCGGGCGGCUGGGGUCUGGGACAAAACUAAACAUCUUUUGCGUCCUCGCGACCCCCGCCGGUAACCCUGUCACGUAUGUUUCUAAAUGGAGAAAGAUCGUUACUCGUAGAAAACCUAAGAUUGAUUGUUUUUUCUCUUUCUGAACUUUGAUGUAUUUUAACCUCCAUGUUUCGUAAAGGAAAAUUAAGGACGAGGGAAAGAAAGGUCUUUGGGGUCUGGUGCCGAGAGCUCCCCGGGUGAUGGGCAGAGCUGCCCCGUCUCCCUGACGCGGCGUCACCGUUUGCCCACCUGACCCGUAGAGGAAGGGCAUGCGCUCAAGGGUGUUUGUUUGUGGGUCGACUCAGGACCUCAGAACUAACACAAACGAGAGCAGCUAAUAACACGUUCAAGUCUCUUGCUGCUUAGAAGCCAUUCUCAGGAGCGAUUCGCAGCGACAAACAUGCCUUGGAGACGAUCCGAAUUACUUUUCCUGAAAUUUCUACGAUCCGUGCGUUAGGUGCUUUCUGUCUGAGGUCCUCGGUGCCCUCAUUUUAGGUGGCGCCUAGGGGCAGAGAGGGACCUCCGGGGCAGACAGUGGUGGGGUCCUUGAUGGAGGCGCCUCUUGAGGCUGGAUCGGGGUCCAUGCACCUGCCCCAGUGGAGGGCCCCCCAGGCCUGUUGGUAAGCACCAGGAAACACGGUGACAAGGAAAGGAAGUGCCAGCUGCCAUAAUCCUUCCCUGCCCACCUACGUGCCCGGGCAGGCCCCCCGCCACACUCACAGAGCCCCUGGACGCAGAUUUGCAGAGACCCCCCACCUUCAGAUCGGGUACAAACAAGACCCUGUGGUCCACGCACCAUUCCGGAGAAGCACUCAGCUGUCUGCUAGGUCCCGUGCGGUGUGUCCGUGAAGUUUCAUUUCUGGUGGCAAACAUCUGGAAAACCGGAGCAGGUGUCUCUGAGAAUGUUUAGGAAACCCCUGUUUUUAAGGAGACCCAAACUUUGCUGCGUUCAGUUCACUUCCUGAAGCGCGUGCCUGUUCUCUGGGGUCUGCCCGGGCAAACCUUUCUCCGGGGACAUUGGGGGAGCCCAUGGUUUCUGGAUCGAAGCCGUGCCAGUCAGAUGCUUGGAGGCAGAUCUGUUUCAGCACAGGGCGUACACAGCAUGCCCCGGGGGUGCCCUCCUUGCCUGCCUUCCUUCUGUGCUGUUGGCUCUCGUGUGUGUGGCAGGUUGAGAUACCAAAACAUCGCCUUGCUCGAGUUGGCCAGGGCAGGGGUGGGGUUCUCUGCACAGCGCUGGUAACUCCUGAACCGUCACUGGUCCAGAUGCCCCGUCCACUGUUUCCCCCGCGAACCCUUACAGGCGCCGCGCAGUGCAGGAAUCGAGAGGAAAACCAUGUCCACUGCCAGCAAAUCCAGGGAGGCGCGUGCGCCUGGGAACAGGCACAUCGAGGCCACGAGCAGCGAGUAGAAAUCGCUGCUGGGGAUUCAUGCACCCCGAUGAAAGACGGCCUCAGUUUUUAAUGAAAGAGCCUACGGUUAGAAAGAAGCAUCCCUUCAGGGCCGAACGUUGUUUGGAAUUCUGGUAGAAAGCAUUGAUGUCAGGUUUGAGCAACUCUUGGCUCUCCUCAUGCAUACAUUUGACUUCUGUUUUGGGCAUAGUCUUAACCCCAAAUAGUUUGGGAUUUCCUUUUUUCUCUCUCCGUUCUGUGGAAGCUUGCCAGGGUGCUUGGCCUUUCCCACCGCUCCCCAGGUCUUUCUUUUUUCUCUCUUUUGUACAUGGGGGGAAAUGUAUUUUUGUACCAUAUCUCAUGCCUGGAAGAGAAACCUUUUUUUAAUGUCUUCCGGGCUGUAGAAUAUAUUCACACAACACUCCGUUCAGGGUGAUGUAAGAAAUCCUGAUGGAAACUACCGUGGAUGGUUCCGAUUAAGGCUGCUUUCCAGAUAACUUAACGUCCAUCAGUUUUUCUUUCCUGCUGCCUCCGUAACACAGCCAACACCAAGGACAGAAAAGAAACAGGCCCAACGAUCUCAAAAUCGCCGGAUUCGUAGGGAUCUCCUAGAGUCUGUGAUCAGAGGGACCUCUUCCCGGACACGCCGGCAAAGACGCCUCGCCGCCCAUCAGCCUUCCGUAAACACAUUCCCCGUACCGAUCAGGGUCAGCGUCCCCUUGCUUCUGGGGGGUUUCGGCUCCACGUUUCAGUGAUAUCCCCCCCCAUCACUUCCGGUGACAAAAAGCAGCAACAGAAUUUCGUGAAAGCUGGUCUUGUGAAUCGUGCCCGGGUCUUCGCUGAGGAAGGUAACGGCUGACGGCACGGAGGCGAAUGCCAUUGAAAGGUUUUUAACACAGUUCCCUAAAGCCACCGGGCACAGCGUGCCACACAGGGCCCCCCCGAAGCCCAUCCCACGUGGAGAGGGCGUGUGUCCGCACUACAUCUCUAUGGUGGCAGGAAGCAGCCUUUAGAUGCUUUAGAUGAAGGGCAUCCGACAGCUUCUCCCUGACGGGGUUUGAAUUGCCUCACUUAACCCAAAAGCCAGCUCCGGCCCUCCAGCCAGCUUGCAUUAGAGGGAACUCCUAAGGCCGUCCCCCUCACCCCCAAAUUAAAAAUAGUAAUAACAUAUCUCCAUUCUGCAAAGUUUCGUUUAUGGUCAUUUGAGUCUUGGACCUUUCGCUCCUCACUUGUGAACAGCAAGUGAUAGAAUUCUCUAUUUUUCGCAGGAUCUAACACAGGACCCUUAAAGUUAGUAAUGGACAGCCAGUAUGCUAUCGGGAUUAGCAAACUUUGUUCGGCGUCCUGAGUUCUGUGCUUUGCUCCUUGGCGAUGCUCCCAUGUGGCAGGAGACACGCCAGCUGGCGUAGAACGCUGAAUGUCAUUUGCAUCGUCUACAGAAAACCUGUGGCAGCUAAUGGUGUUAUGACCACACGUUCCAAUGUGUUUUUGCAGAUGUCAAGGUUUUAUUGUAGCGUCAGCUUCAUAUACGCAUGUGUGUUCAAUCUCUGGGUGCCGUGUAAUCCGAUUGAUUUCUUGUGACGGUGACGGUGAUUUGCGCUUACGUAAAAUCCAGCAGAGCAAUCGUUUCUCUUCCUCUUAACUGGAAAUCAUACUCGUGAGGUUAUGGCGUCCAUUACCAAACGGUGUGUACACGGUUCAGUUCCUACUUUGUGUAUCUGGUUAUAGAUUUUAUAUAGCAUUUGAUUUCCCACUGAAUAUACAUCCAUCUGAUUUGAAUACGGUGGUGUGCGUGUGUCUGUGGUGUGUAUGCACUUUAGUUCCACAGAAGAUAUUCUAUGAGUAUCAAAUAGAGACCUAACUGUAUAAGGCUUCUUUUAUUUGCAAAAUGAUACAUACAUUCCUCUUAUUUAUCAAAUCACUGGCUUUAGUGUUCUGUAGAGAUAUCCAUAGACCGAUUUCAGAACAGAAUGAAAAUAUUGUGAAAAUCGCAGCUUAAUAAAUGUUUAUUGUAAUUUC